UAUCUGUUCAGCAUAGUUCAGGUACUCGAAACAAGUGAAUGUCAAGUUAUCAGUACCCUGCUGAAAUUAGGUUUUUACGCAAACAUGAUUCGUUGCCGCCGGUAUUUGAUUUGCUUCCUUUGCUUGUUUUUCACAUCAGAGGGAACGAUUAGUGCAGCAGUAGAACAAAACUUUACCUUCGACAAAUCCGUACUUUUCGGUGUGGCGACGGCAGCCUACCAAAUCGAAGGCUCCUGGAACGAAUCUGGAAAAGGCGUCAAUGUAUGGGACUACUACACCCAUGACACUAAUCUAGUAUCGGACGGUAGUACAGGGGACAUCGCUUGUGAUUCCUAUAACCAGUAUAAAGAAGACGUGCAACUCUUGAAGAAGUUGGGGGUUGAUGUGUACAGGUUUUCCUUCUCCUGGACUAGGAUCCUGCCUACUGGGCAAGUGAACAAUAUCAACCAGGAAGGGGUUGAUUACUACAACAACUACAUCAAUGAGCUAAUAGCAAAUGAUAUCAAACCAAUAGUGACUAUCUACCACUGGGAUCACCCUAGGUCUUUGGACCUACUGGGCGGAUGGUUCCAACCCAAUAUGGUCGACUACAUGGUCCAGUACGCCGAUCUGCUGUUCUCUCUGUACGGGGACAGGGUGAAAACGUGGAUAACCCUGAACGAACCCCAUUCCAUAUGCGUGGUUUUGUCUUCGUACAUCGCAGGCUUGAACCCCACCUAUCCCAAAGGAACUGCGGAAUACAUGUGUGGACAUAACAUGUUGAAGGCUCAUAGCGAAAUUUGGCAUCUGUAUAAAGACAAAUACCGAAGGAAGCAAAAAGGUACCCUUGGAAUUGCAUUGAGUUUACAAUCAUACUUCCCAGCUACUGACACAGAAGAAGACAGAAAAGCUGUCGACAAAGUCCUGAUUACAAGGUUCGGCUGGUUCGCCCACCCCGUCGUCUACGGCAACUAUCCCCCCUCCAUGAUCGACACCAUCGCACGCUACAGCGCCGAGCAAGGCUUCCCGCAAUCCCGCCUGCCGAGAUUCACGUGGCGCGAACGCUCCCGAUUGGCCGGCUCCUACGACUUCAUCGGCGUCAACAAUUACAUCUCGUUUCUGGUGCAGUCGCUCGGCAAGGAGGUCGAUAAGACGCCGAGCUAUGAGAAUGAUGGGGGUGCCACUGUGUACGAGGACCCCGAUUGGAACAAGAACUAUACCCAGAAGAUCCAGAUAUAUGCGACAGGUUUCAGAAAAAUAUUGACGUGGGUUAAGAAGAACUACAAGAAUCCGAAAAUAUUCAUCACAGAACAAGGAUAUGCAAAUCAAAAUUCUAGUUUGAAUGAUGAAGAUCGUAUCUAUUAUUUCCAGACUGUCCUGCCUGUUCUUUGGAAAGCUAUCAACGAGGAUAAAGUGAAAAUAGCAGGUUACACAGUUUGGACUCUCAUGGACGAUUUCGAAUGGGUUUCUGGCUACAAGCCCAAGAUGGGGUUGUACAGAGUGGACUUCGAUGACCCGAAAAGAACGAGAACUCCAAGAGAUUCCCUUGGUUUCAUGACGGACUUCUACCGUCAGAGAAGUUUGGCAGGAUUGCUGUGAUGUGUGAUGAUAUGAAAUAAGAAAACAAAUGAAAAAUGGAAGUACAAAUAUAGAUCAUGAAUAAAUAAUAAACUCG